UGAAAUCUCUACGGAAGAAGAAGAAGAAAGAAUGAACGUAGAAGAAGAGAUUCAGAAACUGGAAGAAGAGAUCCAUCGUCUUGGUUCUCUCCAGACCGAUGGCUCUUACAAGGUGACAUUUGGAGUCUUGUUCAAUGACGAUCGAUGUGCCAACAUCUUUGAAGCAUUGGUUGGUACUCUGAGAGCCGCCAAGAAACGCAAAAUAGUCGCAUUUGAAGGUGAACUCUUGCUUCAAGGUGUUCACGACAAGGUAGAGAUCACUCUCCGACCACCCCCACCGCCACCGCAAGCUGCUGCCGCCGCUGCCUCCUCCUAAGUUCCCAUUUCUGCUUUAAAUCUUUAUGUUCUGAGUGUAACGAAAUGAUAAACUUGAAGAUAAAUGAUUCCUUUGCUUCUCUAUUGGCAUGAUCACAUUGCUUGAGCUAUUUUUCAGUUGUUGCAUGUAGUAAGAAAGACAUUAACAAGAA